AUGUCCCAACCAAACCUCCCCGUUCUCCCCGCCGUCGAAUCCGCUUUAUCUCCCUUCAUACACCCUACCUCCGAAGUAAAUCUCAUUCGGCGACAUCUCUCCUCUACUCUUACGACUCUAAUCGCUUCUUCGACCUCCCCUACACCCUCACUUAGUGCCCAACGCGCUGUGCGCACCUUAACCGGCACACGAAAAGCAUACUACAAUGCCGCCGUCGAAAACUUGCGAUUACGCAAACAAUGGGCCGAAUUAACAGCCGAUAUCAAACUGCCCGUCAGCGAUUCAGAUGCCACUACAAAAUCCGCAAUAUUUCCCCAGCAGCAGCAACAGCAGCCACAGACACCGUCACAUAUCCGUUCUCAUAGUCGAAAGAUUAGUACCGGUGUCACACCGUUACCUACAGAUUGGACACAGACAUAUGACCAGGUUUUAGAGUUUAGAAGAGUAUUGUCGCAAUUGACGGUGCUAGGGAAGUACCAGCAAAAGAUUACAGCGUUGGCACAAGGGAAGAAUAAAUCGCUGGCUGGUGUGUUUGUGGUGCAUAAUCAACAGUUGCCACCUGCACCACCCGGUGGACCAUUAGCGGGGAAGGAUCAAGCCGGUGGAGCUUCUGGAGGGGAUGAAGAGUCUUUGCUACCGCUUGAGAAGGCGGUUGUAGACGCAAAGAGACGGCUGGAUGAGGAGAAAAGGUUACUGGGAGAGGUAAAGGAGAGGGUUAAGGAGGUCGAUAUGGCCAACAUACCCGAGGAAGUGAAAACAGCGGGUAUGGUGGCCGCUAAGGCAGAGUUGGAGAUAUGGCUUGAUGAGCAGCUAAGACUGGCAGGGGAAGGAAGCGCAACCCCAAGGAAAGGCAAAGUUUUGGGUAUGGUUCAUGGAGACGAAGAUUUUGACCUGGACGAGGAACUAGCAGAGAUCAAAAGAGUCUAUGAAGACUAUGUCGAGAGCAGAGAACGAAUGCUGCAUGCGUUCUUACUAGCAAGCCAACCGAUCAAAAAGGAGCCGAUCCCACAAAAACUGGGCCGUGAAAGGAGUAAUACGGCAAAUUCAGGGCCUGGUUUGGGGAGAGGCGAGUUACCAGAGCUGCUAGGGGCCAUAGGAGAGCUAGGUUAUUGGAAGGAGAGAAUGGAUGAGCUAGGAGAACUCAUGAAGGCCAUUAAGGAAGGCAAUAAUGUAGCAGCCAGAGAAUUGGAAGGGGUAAUGGGAAAACUGAGAAGCGAAAGUCAAUUGUUGGAUAACUUUGGGGGUGGGGGUGUCAGGAUACAGCAUAGAGAAGUUCAUGACGGAAAUUCUAAUCCUUUCCAUGGGAGCUUGGAGCUUGCAAGGGUGUGGGAAGCAGCCGCUGAAGAUGCAGAGAGGACGACAAGCGCUGAAACAAAUAAGGAUGCAACUUAUGCAGAAGCCAAACUAGAGGAGGUGGAUAAACUGCUUGAGCAGCUCAAGGACCUUCUACCGGAAGAGGAAACAGCCAGGAAAAAGAGGAAUGUCAAUUGGAGAGGUCUGAGAGGUAAUAUUGGAUUUAGCAAUGAGAUAUGA